AUGGCUUCGCCUCAAGCUCCCAUAAUAUUGAUCGAUGGCGACUACGAUAACAUUGAAUCAACGAGGUCUAUGCGCCCUAAUGGCUUACAACGCCGUAAUCGUUCAUCAGAGAACACGAAUGCGACCAUCUCCGAUCUGAGACCGCAGGCACUUGUCCAAGAAGGAUCUUCGGAUUCGCUUAGUAUCUGCAUACCCUUCGCCUUGUAUAAGGAAUCAUCCCUUUACAAAUACCGGUUGCAUGAAAACCAUUGGCGAUUAAUCGAAUGUCCAGAAGAACCGCUGCGCAUAUCGGAGGUGGUAAAAGCUAAAGAGCGCAAUGGUAAACCAGAACCCAGUAGGUUCUCGGGCUCAAGCGCUGGACUACACCGAGCCAAUCGAGCAUUUGGAUCACCAGCCUCUUGCUUCUCCACAAAUGCCACCUCCCGGCCAAAAUUAAUUGCUGCUAGCAAUCCGGUUGAACUUGCAAGUGAGAAUUACAGCGGGGUUUCCCAUUCUCGACCACAACCAUUUACUCUUCGUCAAAGAGCGCAGGGCACUGCAAAUUCUUCUCCUGACACUUUAGUUGGGGAUGAUAAUAAUCGCCAAACCAAAUCACCAAAGGACCCCUCUCCGCAAGCCUAUGCCAGCGUUGUGCCCGAAGGCGCCGAGGUCAUCGAUAUCGAUGAUGAUGAUCAAUAUGUGGUCAUUCAGGAUGAAGAUGACGAUCCUGAAGUGGUGGUUAUUAGCGACAGCCGAUUCCCAAAUGCCCGUCCUAUACGACUUCGGAAUGCUCCAGCAAGCGGCCGCCGGAAAUCGUCGCAGCCAAAGAUUAUCGAACUCCGAAACCCGCCAAUUGCCCUGCCGUUCACCUGCCUUGAGACAUAUGCCUGGCCUGGUAAGAUAUUGAGGCCGAAUUUGACUGUUGAGCUUCGGAACGGGGACUUCCUGAGGAUCAGGAUGAUCAUAUCCAACCCACAAACAAGAGAAGUGAAGUUACGUGGAGAUCGGCUAAAGCGGACAAACUUCUUGGAGGGACGACUGCCAGAAAUAGACAAUGAACUUUGUUUUGUAUACGAUGUGGAUCUCGACGAUGAGAGGAGCCAUGAAGAGCAGGGAGCUGGCGAGGUCCUCAUUAGUGACAUCCUUAGAGUUCGCAAAAUUCGAGUCACCAAUGAAAGUUUUGAUGCAGCCAGUACCAUAGAUGGCUUGCUCUCUGUUCGCUGGAAAUACACUAGGACUUUCGUAACCGCAUCUGAUCGGAUCAAGGGGAGUACUGAAAAGGAGUGGGCACUGGAGCGUCUUCAAGCCUCAGAAUUACCCAAGGAUACUAUUCCUGACGACAAACGCCGAGCUAACUGGCGUGGCAGAACCGUACCCGGUGGCGCCUAUCGUCCUUCUCUUGAGUCUCGUCCUGAAAAUACUCGGAAACGAAAGGAAGCUUGUUAUGACGAAGCUUAUGGCGCAACAAGUGGAAAUCUAAAGAGGCCUCGAGCCAGGGUUGACCUCGGGAGCGGUGUUGGAGAGCGUUCGUCAUGUAUCAACUUAGCAGCUGGAAACGCUACUUCGCCACAGCGUGCGCCAUCGAAUCUGAUAGAUCUAACUGAAGAUCCAAAGCCGGCUCCUAGUCUAGCUCGUACUGCGGUAGUGGCAGAUGUGACAUUCUCCAACUCGGCGAGACCGACAUCACCAAUUAGGAGAUUGCCUGGUCAGACCUACACAUACGGCGAUAUGUUCUGUGGGGCAGGCGGAACAACACGUGGUGCAUCCAUGGCCGGCCUGCGUGUCAAAUAUGGGGUGGACUCAUUUAACCAUGCCUGCGAAACUUGGCUUGCUAACUUUCCAUAUGCUGUCUGCCGUCAUAUGGAACUCUGCACGUUCUUCCAGGAAGUAGAAAUUUCCGGAGAAAAUGCCAUAGUCGAUAUUCUGCACCUGUCUCCCCCUUGUCAGUAUUUCUCUAGAGCUCAUACGGUAGCUGGCAAAGAUGACGAUAUGAACACUGCGAGUCUUUUUGCCGUUGAGCAGGCGUUGAAGAUUACAAGGCCCAGAGUUGCAACUCUGGAGCAGACGUUCUCUAUUAUUGACAAUCGAUUUUGCUUUUAUUUUAAUGCUUUAAUUUGUCAGUUUACUAGUCUGGAGUAUUCUGUCAGAUGGCAAAUCGUCCAGCUGGCACAGUUGGGGCUCCCACAACGCCGCUACCGCCUGAUUGCUAUAGCUGCCUGCCCAGGCGAGAUUCUUCCCCGCAUGCCCGCUGCCACACAUGCCGAUCCCCGAUUUCCAUUGAACGGUCUCAAGCCCUACGCAACCGUGAAUGAAGCUCUCGCUACCAUCCCUCUUAAUGCGGAAGACCACGACCUCGACAGAGCAAAAUUUGCUUUGGAUAAGUGCAAGGACCCCUACGAUGGCGAUAACAUCCUGCCACGAGCGAUGACCACUUCAGGAGGCCAGAAUUACCACCCGGGAGGCAAGCGAGACUUUACGCUUCGGGAAUAUGCAGUUUUGCAAGGAUUCCCCCCUGCUCAUGUGUUCAAGGGCAAAUAUAUCAAGAAGCAGAUUGGCAAUGCUGUCCCUCCUCUCGUUGCAAAGGUUCUGUUCGAGAGCGUAAAGCAGCAACUGGAGGAGGCGGAUGGGGUUAUAGAUGAGGGGAUCGUGAUUGAUUAG